AUGGCCUUACUUGGUCCUCACUUAUUUGGAAGUGGGGCACCACAAAGUUUUGGAUUCCCCUCAAAGGCAGAAGCGCUGAAGCUUUUGAGCUGGGUGCCUAUUGGUAUUGGUCCUUCAAGAUCAUUGUAUGAGGCAUUAAAUUCUUCCAAGAAAUUAAGGCUCGCCAAUGACGAUGAGAUUAUUCCAAACAAGUGA